AUGGCUGCACCAUCGUUGCGACUAGCAUUCCUCAAAUGUCCAAGAGAUGGCGAUACUUUACAGUACAAAUCCGGAUCUACGAUUCGUGUCGGUCGAAUCGUUCGUGGUAACGAAAUCGCCGUCAAAGACGCCGGAAUCUCAACAAAGCAUCUACGGAUCGAAUCGGUUUCUGGGAAUUGGGUGAUUAGCGACCUUGGAUCUUCAAACGGCACUUUAUUGAACUCGGAUUCUCUCAAUCCAGAUACUCCGGUAAAUCUCCGACAUGGUGAUAUCAUCGAACUCGGUGAGUAUACAUCGAUCUCUGUGAACUUUGUGAUUGAUGUUGUUCAGGAGCAGAAUCUUCCUCCUCGAGGAAGGAGGAACGAUACGCGUCAGGUUAGUGCGGAUUUAGACAAUGUCGGGCUUGGGAAGCGAACUAGGGUUUCCAAUUUGGGGAAUUGCUUCGAGGAAGAAGAGUUUUGCAAGCCGAGUUCUAGGGUUAGGAAAGCUAGGAAGAUCGAGAAUACUGAGAAAUUAGGAAUUUUUGAAGAAGAAAAAGGGCUUCUGGAUGUGAAAAAGGGAAACUAUAGGGUUCGGAGAGCUAGGAAUGUUGUUGCAAGUGUUCAGAGUUCAUGUGUGAACUCAAUUAAGCUCGAAACUGAGGAUGCCAAGGACAUUGAAAUUGUAGAAAAAUCGUGUUUGGGAGUGGUUAAUGUAGACAAGGACGAUAUGGUAGCAUUAGGAGAUGUAGAGGAAGGUUUAAAAGAGAAGAGGGUUACAAGGGCUACUAGAAGUAAGAAGAAUGAAAUUGUUGGAGAUUCGUAUUUGGAUUUGGAGAUGGAUACUGAUGCGAGAGAGGAGGAUCGAAGCUGUCCUGUUGAAGAAGAUAUGAAGAAUGAACAAGGUACAGUGGUGGAGAUGGAUUUAGGGAAGAUGACAUUAGGAGAAUGGUUCGGGUUUCUGGAGGUUCAUUGGCCAAAACAGAUAAAUCAGGAGACAGAAAGUAUGAUUGAGCCUAUGCCAAGUAAAACUCAGAGAGUUUGCGAGUAUAUCGCAGAACAGAGAGAAGUUCAGGCUAAAGCAUGA